AUGUUGAAUCCUUGUUUUGGGCGAUUUGUCGCGGUCGGCUGGCAAGCAGUUCUUAACUACUCAUUUCUAGCUACCAUUGCUUUGCGUCUUUCGCUCAUCAUUGUACCCAUCAUGUCUCAACGAUUAGUUGCGAAGCAGAGUCGUUACAAGAAGGAGUUGGAAGAUUUCCGUCAAAGAAUACAGACCGCCCGUCAGGAGGGGAACAACUUACUGCAGCAACAAAUUUUCAUGGAACAACGUGACUUUCUGAAAGCGAAAGACAUUCGACUUGGACGACAGUUCCUUAUUCUGCUUGCCAAUGGCGCUGUUUUUGCUACGCAGUUCUUUGCAAUCAGGAAGAUGGUCGAUGUCAACUAUCCUGGCCUUUCAACUGGUGGUACGGCAUGGUUUACGGACUUAACGAUUGCAGAUCCGUACUAUGCGUUACCAUUGAUCAGUGCCGUGACGAUGGGUUUAGUAACUCGGGUCGGGAUUGAAAUGGGCACUUCUUCUGAUCAGAUGACGCCACUGAUGCGAGUAGGGAUGCAAUAUGCUCUACCAGUCGUAAUUUUCGCUGUUAGUUCGCAGUUCGCUUCGGUAAGUAUAGUUUUCGGAUCUCAGAUUGAGGAGGGGAGGGUGUUUUGA